CCUGUCCGUAUUUCUCCCCCACUGGGACUUUGGAAAACCAACAUGGCCAAACUACUACAACCUCCACCCAAGUUCUUGCCCUCCGAGUGGCACCUCGCUAACAAGAACCAGUACCACAGAGCGGAGGCCCAGAGGUCCCGGUCCGAACGAUUGGUGGCAGAGAGCCAGAGGCUUGUGGACGAGAUUGAAAAGACCACAAGGAAGUCUCAAAGCGAUGCAGAAAAGAAACUAGAACAGAGACUCGAGGAAGUCAGGUUCUGGAAGAAGGAGCAGGACGACAAGCUCGAGCAGCUGGUGUAUGUCACGGAGGACCUGCUCACGUACCAGACCAGACUGGUGAAGGCGCUGGAGAGCAUGAAGGAGCCCCUGCAUAUCACCCAGAUGUGCCUGGAAUACAGGGAGAAGCGGGUGGGCAUUGACCUGGUGCACGAUGAGGUGGAACAGGAGCUUGUGAAGGAGGCCGAGGUCAUCCGCGGGGUGAUGGCUCUUCUGACCCGCACCCUGGAGGAGGUGUCGGAGCAGAUCAGGCUGAACCGCUCGGCCAGGUACAACCUGGAGAAGGACUUGAAGGACAAGUUUGUGGCCCUGACCAUUGACGACAUCUGCCUCUCCCUCAACAACAACUCCCCGAAUAUCCACUACUCGGAGAAGGCUGUGAGGGUGGAGCCAAACUCUGUGAGUCUGGAAGACUGGCUGGACUUCUCCAACAGCAACGUGGAGAAGGCCGACAGGCAGAGGAACAACUCGCUGGCGCUGAAGGCCCUGGUGGACCGGAUACUGUCGCAGACGGUCAACGACCUGCGCAGGCAGUGCGACGUGGUGGACACGGCGUUCAGGAACGGGCUGAAGGAAACCAAGGCUGCCAGGGACCAGCUGGCCACCCACCUGGCCAAGGUCAUGGAGGAGAUUGCUUGCCAGGAGAAGAACAUCACAGUUCUGGAAAAGGCCAUCCUUGACCAAGAAGGGCCCGCCAAGGUGGUUCACACACGCCUGGAGACCAGAACGCACCGGCCUAACGUGGAGCUGUGCCGCGACGUGGCCCAGUACCGGCUGCUCAGGGAGGUCGGGGAGAUUGCCCACAACGUGGCCAGACUGAAGGAAGCCUUAGCCCGGGCUCAGGUGGAGCUGAAGGGCCUGAAUCGCAGGCAGCUGGUCCUGCAGGAGGAGAUCCAGGUCAAGGAGAACACCAUCUACAUCGACGAGGUGCUGUGCAUGCACAUGAGGAAGUCCAUCCCCCUGCGGGACGGGGGCGAGUGGGCCGGGGGCCUCCGCCCCGAUGCCAUCUGCUGACAGCAUGCGUGGGGCAGACGCUGAGUAAACCGUG